GCCUCCGUGAUCGCCGAGGUGUUUGCGCAACUCAUGUUAUCCAAACGAAAGAAGGCUUGUUAUCGGAUCCCGAUGAUGGUGUCUGGCCUUCACAGUUAACUUUUCCUUCUUCAGGCUCGGGACCUGAAAGUCUCAGACGGAGGCGUUGGGCCCGAGCACGGAGCUCUGCAGCAGGACCUUUCGUGUCUGUGGAAGAUCACAGUUCACACACCUACUUGGAGGAGACUCCCCCUGGUCUGCUUCAACUAUUGGACUCCACAGUAGAUCAUUAACCACAUCAGUCUGAGGACUCCUUCCAUAACAUCCUCACAUGGACCAUCAACAACAGAUAAAACAAAAGAAUACCUUGCUCAUUGUCCAAGUACAGGAACCAUUAUAUAAAUAGUUGACUAAAUAAAACAAUAGUGGAUGUCACAAACUGAUUGAUUUUCUUCUCCAAACCCUGUGGCUGUUCUGCAGCACAUGGUAACAACACAGAUUAAAUCAGCCCCGGGGCAGAGAAGUUGACCAUUAACCUCCCCUGCCGAUUGUGAGCAAAUCUCCACUUGUAAGCAGCUGAUUCUGUACUGGAUCCUGUUGCAAAGUUCACUGUCACAGGCAGAAGUCUGUCAAACAGCAGGGGCCUGCUCCCUCCUCUGGAUUUGUCCUCUAUUCCUCCACUUUUGCCAUUUUUUAGGACUAACUCUGGAGUCAUGGCUAAAGCGAAUUAUGGAUACUACCGAGCCACUAUAUUUAUGGCUAUGUUUGUGGGCUACACACUUUACUACUUCAACAGGAAGACUUUCUCCUUUGUGAUGCCUUCUCUCAUGCAAGAAAUUAAGCUGGAUAAGGAUGAUCUGGGCAUGAUCACCAGUAGUCAGUCUUUGGCCUAUGCUAUCAGUAAGUUCAUCAGUGGCGUGCUUUCGGACCAGAUCAGCGCCCGCUGGCUCUUCUCCAUUGGCCUGUGCAUGGUGGGAGGCAUCAAUGUGGUGUUCUCCUGGUCCUCCACUGUCGCUGUCUUCUCUGCCCUGUGGUUUCUCAACGGCCUGGGCCAGGGCCUCGGCUGGCCUCCCUGCGGUAGGGUGCUGCGCAAGUGGUUUGAGCCCUCUCAGUUCGGGACAUGGUGGGCCGUUCUCUCCUGCAGCAUGAAUCUGGCUGGCAGCUUGGGCCCCAUUAUCGCCACUGUGCUGACCGAGAGCUACAGUUGGAGGACGAUACUGUCGGUAUCUGGGAUGAUUUGUGUGGCGGCCUCCUUUUGUUGCCUGCUGCUCAUCAAGAAUGAGCCCAAGGAUGUGGGGUUGCCAAAUGUAGAUACAGGAGCCAAGAAAAGUAAAGGAUCCUCCAGUGAUGAAAGCACCCUGUCUGAGUUCCUGCUGUCACCCUACCUGUGGCUGCUCUCUGUGUCCUACCUGGUGGUGUUCGGGGUGAAGACAGUCUGCACUGACUGGGGCCAGCUGUUUCUCAUUCAGGACAAGGGCCAGUCCACACUUAUGGGUAGCUCAUACAUGAGUGCCCUGGAGGUUGGAGGGCUGUUGGGCAGCCUCGCCGCGGGUUACUUCUCUGACAAGGCGGUGGCCAAACAAGGCAUGAGAAUCUACGGCAAUCCUCGGCAUUUCAUCCUGAUCUGCAUGAUGGCGGGAAUGUUUGUGUCCAUGUACCUGUUCAGAGUCACAGUGACUCCUGACAGCUCAAAGGUGUGGAUCCUCAGCUUGGGUGCUGCUUUUGGUUUCUCCUCUUAUGGACCAAUAGCUUUAUUUGGAGUCAUAGCCAAUGAGAGUGCCCCAUCCAACUACUGUGGGACAUCACAUGCUAUUGUUGCCCUGAUGGCCAACAUUGGUGGCUUCCUGUCGGGCCUACCAUUCAGCACCAUAGCCAAGCACCACGGCUGGGAAACGGCCUUCUGGGUAGCAGAGGUCAUCUGUGGUGUCACCGCUCUUGGAUACUUCCUGCUGCGCAACAUCCGCACCAAGAUGGGUCACGUGUCCAAGAAGGCCGACUAAAACAUCACUAAACCUCAUCCUCUGCACCCAGAGGAAAACUGGGUACUUUGAGCCAUCAUUGUAUUGUCAGGUUUUUCGUACUUGAUUUUUUUUUUUUUAUACCACAGUAUUUUCUCUUCCAGCAGACAGACAUAAAUGAAGCUCUGUUGAGUGCCUUUUCCUCAAAAAUCAGUUUUUAGAGCUUGUCUACAUUCUAUAUUGGAAUCUGUGACUCAAUAAGAUAAUGUAAAUGACUGCAGUCAGUGACUGUUUGUCACUUAAUGUGGCAAAAACACAACUGGAGAAAGUUUUUCCCUCCAAAGGCAACUACGGAUUUCAAUAAGAGCACAACUGGAAUGUAGUUCAGAAACUGGCAUAUUAUACAAUAUCUGUUAACUUUAAUAUUGAAUCAUUAAUGAAAUUACAACACUUACGGUUUUUUUUUUUGUAUAAAGCAAAACAUGAGGUCUUCCUUAUGAAAAACAGUCAAGGCUUGAAUAAAUGAUUUCUUCAGUUUUUUCAGUCACUUU